GAGAAGAGGGAAACUGAGGGAGUCGGGAGAAGAGAAGGGAGCAAAAGGAAAAGAGAGCUAUAAAAAAAGAGAGAGAGAGAGAAGGAGGACAGCUCAGCAAAUCAGCCCUGUAGCAUUCCUCUCACAGCUACAGUGAUCCAGGCUGGGAGAGGAAGUUCAGCUCACCAGGAGAAAAAAAAAAACACAAGAAACUGUAUUUUUUUUUUUUUUCCUCUGGGUGAAGAAACCAGAAGACUCCCUGGAGAGGAACGGGAACAAGAAGAAAGAGGAAUCAGAGAGCUUCUGCAGCCUCCGAGUGUCCUGCAGGGGAAGAUGGAUUCAGACUCCGGAGAGCAGAGUGACGGAGACCUCUCCCCAGGACAGGAGAGCUUUAACUCUCGCUCCCUGGCCCUGCAGGCCCAGAAGAAGAUCCUGAGCAAGAUGGCGACCAUGGUGGUGGCCAACAUGCUGACAGACGACACCAGCAGCGAGAUCCUGGACGAGCUCUACAAGACGAGCCGGGAGUUCACCAAGAGCAAGAAGGAGGCCCACAAGAUCAUCAAGGACGUCAUCAAGAUCGCCCUGAAGAUCGGCAUCUUGUACCGCAACCACCAGUUCAGCCCCGACGAGCUGGACACGGUGGAGCGCUUCAAGAAGAAGAUGAACCAGGCGGCCAUGACGGCGGUGUCGUUCUACGAGGUGGAGUACACCUUCGACAGGAAUAUCCUGUCAGAGCUCCUGCUGGAGUGCAGGGACCUGCUUCACACCCUGGUCGAGCAGCACCUGACCGCGCGCUCGCACGCCCGCAUCGAUCACGUUUUCAACCAUUUCGCCCACGGGGAGUUCCUGGCCGAGCUGUACGGGGACGCAGAGGAGUACAGACUCUCCCUGAGGAAGAUCUGCAACGGCAUCAACAAACUGCUGGACGAAGGAACGCUUUAACCUCUCACGCCUGACCUCUUUCACCUCCGCCCCUCUCUCUCUCCUGCCUCCUUCUAUUUCCCCGUCACUCGCUCGCCCCUGACCGCUCACAUGCUCCGCCCUCUUUCUGCUCUCGUCUUCCUGUUUCUUCCUCGUCCUUUUCCACGAAGCUAGUUGUAACAUCCUGCUGCCGUGAUUCAAUGAGGGAAUUUUUUAGACUGUCUUUCCGCUCAGUGGAUCAUCGCCGCACGCCGGGACAGCCUGUAUCAUGUUGUAUGCAUUAUAGCGUUCCAAGUCACCCCCUUUGUGUGCAAAAGUGUACUGUACCAAUGGCCAAAAAACAUACAUUAGGUAUAUUUGGAUAUGGAAGAUAAUCAGUGGUCGUAAUCAGUGUCUCUCUCUGUUUGUGUGUGUGUGUGUGUGUGUGCGGGUGUGUGCACAUGUGUUUGUAUGGGACUCGCUUGAAUAAUGUGUUUGUAUAUAAGACCAACUAUGACAUGGUGUGUGCAUUGUGUAUCUGUGUCAAUCUUCUCUACAAGGGUGUAACACUUGUCUUUUAUUAAAGAUUUCUUGUAA